AUAGCAAUAUAGCAUACAUAAUUUCCUGUGAAAAUCCAAUUAAAAAAGAAGCCACAUGAUGAUGUAGCUCAAAUGCUCAAUUAACAAAAUCACAAUACAGAAAGGUGUGGUUUUGCUUAUUUGACAACAACAAUGGCAGCACUCAACGUCUCCCUCACUCUCAAAUUCGCACCAAAACCACUUCUCUCUCUUCCAAAACCCCAUCUCACCUCUUCUCUCUCGUCCUCUUCUCUUCCUCCUCACAGUGACCUUCAAAAUUUACAAGUUUCAAAUAAUAAGAAAAAUGGGUUUUUAUUACCAAUUCUGGAAAACCCAAUUGCUUCAGCAAGUAUGGUUCUUCUUCUCUCUGCUUCACUUUGCUUCUCCGACCCUGCUCUUGCUUUCAAGGGUGGAGGGCCAUAUGGUCAAGGAGUGACAAGAGGUCAAGAUUUAUCUGGGAAGGACUUCAGUGGACAGACCUUAAUCAAGCAAGACUUCAAAACGUCAAUUUUGCGAAUGGCUAAUUUUAAGGGAGCGAAAUUGUUGGGUGCUAGCUUCUUUGAUGCAGAUUUAACAGGGGCUGAUCUUUCAGAUGCUGAUCUGAGAGGGGCAGACUUUUCCCUGGCAAAUGUGACAAAGGCAAAUUUAACCAAUGCUAACUUGGAAGGUGCUCUGGCCACUGGAAAUACAUCGUUUAGAGGUUCAGUCAUCACAGGAGCAGAUUUUACUGAUGUGAAUUUGAGAGAAGAUCAACUAGCAUACCUUUGCAAAGUUGCUGAUGGGGUAAAUCCAACAACAGGAAAUGCCACACGAGAAACACUUUUUUGCAAAUAGAUUCCUGGUACGUUUAUAUGUUCAUUGUAGUUUUGUAUAGCGUGGAAUCGUGGAUCAUAAUGUAUGGACUCGUAAAGUUGCAACUAGCACUACAAAGUUACAGAAACAUCUGUAAUUUAAAUUCAUAGUGGCUAAACAUUUUGGUGGCGUAGCCUGCAUUUCAUGGUACAUGAAUUUCCUUUCACUUUUUUAUAUUCA